AUGUCUGCCUCUGGGUCUCGACCCGCCGCUGUGCGGGAGGCCUCUCUGCAGACCCCAUCGACGCCAACAACACCACAGCGGGCAAUGCCGCGAGGAAUCCCAGCCAGUGCUAGCUGGGCACAGAAUAGAUAUGCGGGCAACAACGACGAGGAAGGAGCGUUGCUGCCUCAGUCUUUGCCCCACGCGGCCGAGGCGACAACGAGCCAAAGGGGAUUAUGGGGAGCCGUAGGAGCUUCGAUCAGGGCUGCAUCAGCUGCGCGAUCCGGCUCCAGAAGAGCUGAAAGGGAUGCGGAUCAAGCCUGGAUACACAGGGACGAAUUCAGCGGGUGGUUGAGGUCGGGAAGAGAGGGAGCGAAGGAGGAUCAUAGAUCGUCAGGAGCGAGUGCUGGGCAGUGGGAAAGUUUGGCUAGGCUGUUCGAAGAGCCGAGUAGGACACCCGGUGGUAGGAGGAGCUCUGCUAGACAUUCUACAGCUACGAGCGGAAAUGCGAGACAAGGGAGAGGCACAAGCUCUAGCGCCGGGCUGAAUGUGGAACAUGCACGCACCUCGGUCUUGUCGGACAGCACGGCCAGCUUGGGUCAUGCGCCCGGCGACUCGUCCAUCAUCUCUCUCGGCACUCCAACCACUUCGAGGGGCCGCACCGCAACGGCUAGUCAGGCGCAAAGGGCCACUUCUCCCAGCCAUACGGAUCGGAGGCAGUGGACGCGCUUUUUGAGUCCUGGAAGAGGGCCUCCUCCUUCGGCUCGUGGAAGAUCUGCGAGCGAUGCAGAGUCCAUCAGCGAAGAGCCAGAUUCCUUCAUCGAUGCAGAUCCGGAACAUAUCCCGCGAGGCGAAGAUCCGCUUGCGUAUAGCGAGGAUAAGAGAUUGUUGGAUGACAGCGAUGACGAAGGCGAGCCGAGCAGAUCGGACCAGCAGCCAUCCCAAGCUGGUGUGCCUAGGAUGGAAGCUUCGCCAAGGCGCAGCUGGCGAACGCUGUGGGAAGUGAUGAACGGCUCACGUAUCCGACUUGUUCACAAGGACAUUUUCAAGUGCGCGAUUGCCUACUUUUUGGCUUCCCUCUUUACGUAUGCGCCGCUGCUCUCUCAGCUCAUGGCGGAUAUCCUACCAGAUAGGGACGGCGUGGCCAUACCCAUCUCCAACCUCUUUUUGGUUGCUACAGUCAGCGUCUACUUUCAUCCAGGAAGAUCGAUGGGCUCGAUGAUCGAAGCGGACAUCUUUGCUGCCCUCGCUUUUCUCUACUCCAUCGCCUUGGGUUUGGUAUCGAUGAUCACCGCUGUAGCGCUUCAUCAAGCCGGAUUCGCAGCUUUCAGCAACAUCCUGACCGUCGUGCUUUUCAUCGGGUGCGGCAUGGGUUUGGUGGGAUACGUGCGAGCCAAACUUGUUCGUCCGGCUUUUAGCUCAGCAGCGAGUCUGAUAGGCGUCAUUGUGUUCACGGUGUGAGUUGUCGAUGCGGGCAGGAACAUUCUCCUUGGUGCCGAGCUGAUGCUUUUAGCCCGCCACACUUCUCGCAGCAUUGCAAAAGAAGGCGGCACGCAUUUUGGCCGCUUCGAGACGGACAAGGUUUACGAUGUCUCUUUGGUCGUCGCAGUCGGCGCACUUGUCACCAAUACCGUCUGCUUCUUGCUCUGGCCGCAGAGCGCGUGCACGAACCUAGAGUAAGUGACUCAAUCAUUUUGCGACAUCGACUUGGACCUGCCAUCUGACCUGAAUCGCUUCACGAUUCAUAGGUCCGACAUUCAACGGAACUUGCAGGGGUUCGCCACCCUGCUGCGUGUCCUGACCAAGACGUUCCUUUUAGACGAUCCCGACGAGUUUCAUAUUCGAGCAGAUCGCAUCAAGAAAGCCAGCGACAAUCUGCACGCUUCAUUCACCAGCGUGAGCUAAAACCUCGAGAGAGACUGACUUUGAGAUGGCUAAUCAAUCAUCUUUUGCUUCCGUAGCUGAAAAAGAAUCUGGGAGAAGCAAAGUUGGAGGCGCCAUUCGAUUGGCGCAUGCGUGGUCAAAUCAGCUCAUACGUUAGCGUAGUGGAGUGCAUGAACGGUCUAGCACUUCAUCUCGGAGGUCUUCGUAGUUCAUGUGGUCUGCAGCACGACAUCAUGGCAGCUCAAAGAGUAGAAAGGCAAACUGCCGAGCAACACGGCAUUCGACUGCCUGAACACGAUCAGAACAUGGCUGUAGCUGGCGCUAUCAGCGGACGUCCACUAAGCGCGUUGAUCGACGACCAAGACGACUCUGACGACGAGCAAGCCGAGGCGGCGCAUUUCCAGGAACGAGCAGUCGCUUUCAAUGCCUUUCUCGAAGGAGUCGGCCCGCACAUGCGUAGUCUGGUAGUGAGUAAGAAUGUGCGAAGCUCACGGAUGCCGGUAUACACAAGUCUCACACGGUGUGCUUUUCAGUUCACCUGCGCUCGAAGCUUGAACGGUCUCAGGUCAGCAUUUGGCACGCAACCUGCAGCAGCCAACUCCCCAAACGCCUCGCCUUCCCUCCCAGAGAGCGAAGGUGGCAGCUUUCGAUCGCUUGCUGAAGACGUUGCACUCGGCCUAAAGCGCUUCCAGCACGAGCAAGACAUUUCAACUAAGAGGUGGGUGGCGGGCGUGCCACUUGUUCUGAAUGAUCCUAGGCCUUGACUGAUGCUCUUUCGCGAUAUCCUGAAGAUUGUACACUGUCUAUCCUCUCGCCAAAAAAGCCAGCGACAGCGAGGAUGCCGGCAUUGGACCCAUGCUUGGUGCGAGUCCGGGCUUCCAGGCUGAUGAAGAGGUCUUUGUCAUCUUUUACUUUCUAUUUCUGCUUGAGGAAUUUGCUCGCGAUCUGCAGCAUUUAAUCAGCGUCAUGGACCACAUACGGCAAGCAAGACAAGAGUCACAGAGCGCCCUGACUCCUUGGGCGUGCCUGCGUCCAUGGCGCUUCUUGAUGCAACGACGACGCCUGCCAAGUCCAUUUGCUCGCCGUCGAAGGACGAGGAAUGUGUGGCAGCGCUUUGCACACCUAUUGUCGCUGGACUCGACUCGUACUGUGCCGGACUGGCCCUCGCACAAGCGGCACCAGCUGCACACCGCACAGACACCCGCUGCUCGCACGCUCAAGCAACGCGCCGCGAGAUGGGUUUGGGAGCUCGGCCAAUGGCUCCGACAGCCUGAUUCCAAAUUUGGCCUUAAAGCGGGUAUUGGCUGCGCCUUGCUUGCUUCGCCUGCCUUCAUCACCACUACGCGGCCCGUGUUCCUCGAGUUUCAAGGGCAAUGGGCCAUCGUCACGUUCAUGGUCAUUCUGCAGCCGACCAUGGGACAGUCUAACAACAUGGUGGUUCAUCAGACAGUGGGAACGAUCGUGGGCGCAGGAGCCGCUUACUUUGCUCGGAUGAUCUUCAAGGACAAUUGGAUCGCCUUGGCGAUGUUUGGAUUUCUGUACAGUUUGCCGUGCUUCGACUACAUUAUCAGCAAGCCGGUGCGGGCACAGUCCGGACGCUUCUCAAUCGUCACCUACAAUCUCGUCGCCCUCUACUCGUACACGCUACGCGGAGAAGGGAUGGAUGUUGAGCAGCUAGCCAUCAGACGGGCCAUUGCUGUGGUGAUUGGUGUCGUGUCUGCUACAGCUAUGAACUCACUGGUCUGGCCCUUCGAAGCUCGACGCGAGCUGGCCUAUGGACUUUCAGAGUUGCUCUUCAACCUUUCUGCCUUGUAUCAGCGACUUGUACUGACGUACAGCUCAAGCCCGCCUCGCGACGAAGAACCGCACUCGGAUCUGGUCGGUGUACACGACGACCUGGAAGAAGCUGCACCGCUGCUCGAGAGUGCGCUGCACGGCGAUGACAUUAUGCAAGCGAUGGAGCUCCAAUUGCAAGUGCAACUGAUCAGUUUGGAAGGGUUGCUUGCUCAGACGAAGCACGAGUUCCGACUCAAAGGACCAUUUCCCGUAAGCACGUACAGAAAGUAUUUGGGCUGCUGUCAAAACAUCUUGGACAAGCUGCACGCCAUGCGAGGCGUCACUGGGCGACGAGAUUGGCACACUAGAGUUCGGAGCGAUUUCGUAGUGCCGGUAGAUGCGACUGGUGUGCGUAGGGAAAUGGUCGGGAACGUGCUGCUCUUCUUUUACCUUCUUGGAAGUGCGUUUCACCUCAAGACGCCGAUGCCGCCUUACCUGCCACCUGCCGAAAGGUCUCGAUUGGCUUUGCUGGAAACCAUUCGAGAGUUGCCAGCCGUAAAGAGGAGGGCGGUUAGAGGUAGCAGCGCUUACCUGCUCUACUUUAGCUACGCGCUCUCUAUGAAAGACCUCAUUUGGCAACUGGAAGAGAUUGGUAGAUUGACACAGGAUGCUUUUGGUGUGCUUGGCGGAUCAGUUGAAGCUUUCGAAGCUCAAUUUCAGAGGGGCGAGCAUUCGCUCAGCGCUACGCCUAGGAUGACACCUCGAGCUUCGUAUGUAGCCCACCCUUGAUAUCGGACUGCAAAUUGUAUUCUAAGUACACGCCGAAUUGCGCUCGUCGUCAGAACCCCGAGCUCAUCGACGUCUCGACGCGCGCACGUCUUCUGUAGUCUGAGCGUGCGGCGGGACGGGGCAGGUGAGCGAAGCAACCGCUGAGGAUGGCAAAGCGAACCCGCACGCGGCCGCGUGUGCUCACGCUUCAGGCCACGUGCGCACUGAUUCUCCCUGCUAGACGUUUCCACUCGCGCCCGCCGCCUACCUGCUUUGCUGAUCGGCUCGGCCCAAGCGGGGCCCAGUCAGACGCGUUUUGAAGGUCAGCCACGCAAGGUAACCUAACGGGGUCGUUGCAUGCGAGUGCUAGAUUGUCCCUUUGCCACCUUCACCCCAUCCCGCUCAGACCAGCACUCACUGACUUCGCACAUCUCUCAAAAGACUUAGGAUCAACGCUGUACACGCUACUACUUUCGAAUCCACCAGCUCCGUACUCGCUCAGCAUGCCUCGCUCUUCUCGUUCUGGCGGAGGUCGCUCGGCUCCUGCCGGUAGCCGCGGUGCGCACACCAUGGCUGCUCCUCAGCACGCACCAGCUCAACAGAUGCACGCUCCCGCCGCUCAGCAGCAAAGAGCACCAGGUCUGUUUGGCCAGGUGCGUUUGCUUUGUGUCAAAUUUCCCCACUAUCAACACAAAUCGCUCGCGAGACUGACCUUUGCUGCGGUGCACUCACGAAUCUCAGAUGGCUUCCACCGCAGCAGGUGUAGCGGUCGGCUCGGUGAGUUCCGAGCCAUUGAUCUGCGCCCAGUCACCUCACGUGUUUUUUGACUCAUUGCUGCGCUCCUCCUUUUCGCUUUUGCAAUUCUCAGACUGUGGGCCACGGCAUCUCCAACAUGCUCUUUGGAGGUGGAGGUCAAGCGGCUGCCCCGGCCCCUGAUCAAUAUGCCCAACAAGCACAGCAGCAGCAACCUUGGGCUCAGAGUCAAGACCCCAGGACUGCUGGAAAUUGCGAGCUGCAGAGCAAGGGUCAGUAGACAGCAAGCAGGAUGCGCCGAGUGGUGGGGUUGGAUUGUAGGGGCUCUCAGCUCGAACUCGUUGCGAUGCGAUGCGGCGCGGCGCGGCGCGGUUUGCGGGGGGGCCUACGCUGACCAUUCGGCUUUGUAUGCGAGCAUUUUGCUGACUCGGCGUUGUUCACACAUUCGCCUCCGCAGACUUUCUUCGAUGCCUCGAAUCCACCGGCAACGACAUGCAGUCUUGCUCUUACUGUGAGUCGAUACAUCUCUUGGCGCAUUGACAUGUCCAGAGCCUGUCAAGCUAAACUUUUUCACCUGCGUCCAUGUCGCCACUCCGCCACAGACUUGGAUCAACUGAAGGCUUGCCAGGCUGCCGCUCGACCUUACUAG